CAGAGCGCAGCGCAGCGCACCGCGGAGCGCGCAGCUCCGGACGCACCUGAACAGUCAGAGCGGUGCGAGCAGAAGUGAGCUGCAAAACAGCCUUUCACCUGCUCACAGCCGCACACACACUCACUCACACACACGCACACACACACACUCACACACACUCACACACACUCCUCUUCAACAUCUGCCACGUCGUCUCUGAUGGAGAGAGAGAAGAAGCUGACGGAGUCUUUGUUGAUGUGGAUUAACAUUUAUUUCUACCUCUUUGGCGUCUCCUGUGGAGCAGAUGAUUCUUCGGGGGCUCGUCAUACAUGAGCGUUGAAACAAGCCUCGAAACAUGUGAGCCGCUGCGCAUUGAGUUCAGUGUUGAUUUGAACCUUAAACUACAAAUGUCUCAGACCGUCUGCGUGGAAAACUUAAAGGCAUGCUGCAUGUUGACGGCUGCGAACGUACGAGCGAGCUGAAACAGAUGGACACAAGUCCGACAACAACACACUGGAGACGCGCUGUGUUGCUGACUGGGUGACUGGCUCCCAGUCACCUCACAUACCUGUGAAGCCCCGCUCCCAUUGCAUUGCACAGGACAGGUUCCCCCAGCAGAGUGGCAGGGAUGUACCAGGAGGUGGCCUUCCUGGCAGGCAGCACUGAGCACCAGUUCACCACCUUCCACUUCAACCGAGUAGAGAACCCACAAGAGGUCACCUCCAAGAAGGGUGUGUUCUACAAGCGAGCCCAGCUCCUGCUCCACCCUCAGCCCCGCCAACAGGAUGGAGACGAGAUCGGCCUGGCUGACGGGGCAGCCAUUAUCAACGUGGGGGGCAUCAAGUACCGCAUCCCCUGGUCAACGCUGGAGGAGUUUCCCUUAUCGAGGCUUGGAAAGCUGCGCAGCUGCAGCAACGAGGCCGAGAUCAUGGACGUGUGUGAUGACUACGACGGCAGCCGCAACGAGUAUUUCUUUGACCGAAGCCCGUUGGCGUUCCGCACCAUUGUCACUUUCUUGGCGGCAGGUAAACUGCGGCUUCUGAGGGAGAUGUGCGCCAUGUCCUUCCAGGAGGAGCUGCUUUACUGGGGGGUGGAGGAGAACAACCUGGACUGGUGCUGCCUCAGGAAGCUGCGUCUCAGGCAGGAGGAGUACAAGGAGCAGCAGAGGCUGGACGAAGAGGAGGCCGAGCUCACGUCGCCGCAGUCCUGCGAGGAGAGCCAGCAGACUCCUGGAGUGGCAGCACUGGAAGAGACUCGUGUGGGGGGCUGCAUGCGGAGACUGAGGGACAUGGUGGAGAACCCCCACUCCGGCCUACCAGGGAAGAUCUUCGCGUGUCUGUCAGUGAUAUUUGUAGCCAUCACUGCUGUGACGCUGUGUGUCAGCACCAUGCCUGACCUCAGGGAGGAGGAGGAGAGGGGUGAGUGCUCCCAGAGGUGCUAUAACAUCUUCGUGCUGGAGACGGUGUGCGUCGCCUGGUUCUCCCUCGAGUUCCUGCUGCGAUUCAUUCAGACGCAGAGCAAGUGUAUGUUCCUGCGUACGCCUCUGAACAUCAUCGAUGUGGUGGCCAUUCUACCCUACUACAUCACCCUCAUCGUGGACUCUCUGUCGGUGGGAGGGAAACCUGUGGGAUCAGGGAACAACUACCUGGAGAAGGUGGGGUUAGUCCUCAGAGUCCUGCGAGCUCUAAGGAUCUUUUACGUGAUGAGGUUGGCCCGACACUCCUUAGGCUUGCAGACGCUUGGUCUGACGGUGAGGAGGUGUACACGUGAGUUCGGCCUGUUGCUGCUGUUCCUGUGCGUGGCCAUGGCUCUUUUCUCCCCACUAGUGUUCCUAGCUGAGAGCGAAAUGGGCGCCAAGCAGGAGUUCACCAGCAUCCCCGGGAGCUACUGGUGGGCAGUCAUCUCCAUGACCACGGUGGGCUACGGAGACAUGGUGCCCAGGAGCAUCCCUGGCCAGGUGGUGGCGCUCAGCAGCAUCCUGAGCGGCAUCCUCCUCAUGGCCUUCCCCGUAACGUCCAUCUUUCACACCUUCUCUCGCUCCUACGUGGAGCUGAAGGAGGAGCAGAACCGGGCGCUGAGGCAGAAGCCGGACUCGCAGGACAGCACCAAGUCCCAGAACAGCGAGGACUCUCAGGAGACGGACAGCUACCACGGCAUCACGGACGCCACAGCCUCAGCGUUGCAGCGGAGGAAGUCCUUGGCUGCUCAGAGGGCUGCUGAGAUUAGAGCGGCCAUGCAGACUUAGCUGCUCCGACUGUCUAUCAGUGUUCAAGUGGCAGCCUGGGAGGCCGUGACACCCAGCGCUGGGACUGAAAAGAUGACAGAACUGGGAACAGGGAGGAGAUUUUCUUCUCUGGAGUUUGAGGUCUCAGCUUUGAUCAUGUGAAGCGCUUGAGCACCAAAGUGUGUCUAUGUUUCCUAAGUUUUCCAGAGGAGCUGCAGAUUUGACUUUAAAAGAUGGCUAACAGUACAAUAUUCACAAUUUAACAACUCAAGUCAAAUGAGAUUGAAAAACUGACAAAGACAGCACUGUCACUGACUGCGAUUCAGACUUGAAGUAAGUCUGUACAAAAGGGAACCUAACACCAAACCAUGACACGUUGUUAUUCAGACUUCAGACUAAUAAUUCAUGUUCCUUGUGUAGCUGCAUUUGAGAGGAUUAUGUCAAAUAAAGGUGAGAUGUCAGACAUGCAGGUUAUUAUUGAUGUGAAAUAUCAUCUCCAUUCACUCUGUAUUGUAUUUGGGCAAACCAAAUAACUUAUUGUAGGUGGGUUAUAUAAGUGUCAUACAUGUACACAAUGAUGUCAUCAUAUUUAUUUGCAAUAAAGCAGAGCUAAUUAAUCUCCAAUGUAAUAACACAAAACUGAUGAAUCUGUCAAAGGGCUAUACAGUGUGUUGGGAAGAGUUAAGAGGGUUGAUACCACUCUCAUCUGUCUCUAAUAGCUCGUGUGCUGAUGCUUCAAAAGAAUAGUUUGACAUUUUCUUUGCUCUUUUGCUUAGAGUUAAAUGAGAGGAUUGCUACCACUCUCAUAUCUGUGUGCUAAAAAGUACGCUACAGCCAAGGAUAUCUUAGCUUAGCAUAAAGUCUCCGCUGGUUGCCUGGCAACCGCAGAGUAAGGUCAGGACUUCAGCACAAAUUUGUCGUUUUUUUACAUUUCAGUUUUUGUACAGAUUAAAAAAACUUGAUAUAACCUGGCUUUACAUGUGCUGGUAAUCUGGUCUCUUUUAGCUUUGGAGUGAGUCAAGCUAGCUGUUUUUGCUUUAUUCAAAGCUAAGCUAACCAUCUUAGCUUUAUUUACUGUAAAGAUUUGAGAGUGGCAUCAAUCUUCCUGUGUAAUUCUUGGCAAGAAAGAAAAUAAUUUUAUUUCUCAAAUUGUUGAAUUAUAACACAUAACGUGAUAACCGAUCAUGUACAACUAGAACUGUGUGAAGAUAAACAUUUCAGAAUUUAGAAUUGGUUUUCUAUGUGACCAUCCUUUCCUGGCCUGGGGACUGGUAGUUAGAAACUCAAGGACCACUUACUGGCUUUCUUCAGAGCUUGUAACCACAUCUCUUAAACAGCUAACAGAGUUUAAUCAGUUGUAAUGGAUUGGGCUCAGCACGUGACCUAAAUAAAGACACUUAAGAUGCAGAAAAAAAACUAAUAAGUUGUAUGUGACAUGACAAUUGUGGGGAACUCCAGAAAAAAAACCAAAGAUUUUUGGGGUUUGGUUGUUGCUUUGCAAAAGAUACAAUGCUAGUCUGUUUGUCCAUCUGCCAAAACUAUUAUGAAAUCUGCUCCAGCUGUUUAUUUGCUGGGCUAUUCAACAUCCAUGGAAGAUGAAUCGUAGGGAUUUUGAUGCCCCCGUUACACAAUGUGUCACUGUAGUAAACUGCAAGUUUGCAUUUUCUUCAUUUUUGGAUAUGAUAUUGUGAUUACUUACUAUCUUUGAUGAUGAUGAAUGGGCACAGGUGGCGUUAUCAGUGUGACAAAUUGAGAUUACAGUAUAUUGGUGGCUGAAAAAAAAAUCUUUAAUCUACAUUAAACAAGCCAGAGAAGCACUCGCCAAAAGGUUCAUUUCAGGUUCCUUUCACAGUCUUACAUGAUUUCCUCAUAUAAUUGCAAAUACAGAACUUCAUUUUCUUUGGCUUGAGGGCCUUGUACUUUGAAGUGACACAUUAAAAAACCAUUUCCGCAAAUUGUUGUCAAGUUGGAACCAAUCAAUGCAGUGUAAGUGCUUGAGAGUGCAAAUUAGGUUGAGAUAUUUUUAAUAUGCCACACAGAUUGGAAGGAUCUGUUUAGUCUGCCAACUCUGAAUCGCAGUCACUGUAUUAACUGAAUCAUUAAAAAGCAUGAAAAUAUCACACUGAACACUCUUAAAACUAUUAUAUCUACAAUAUAUGAAAUUAUUGUUUUGAUGAGGAGCGGAUGUUGCAAUGGGACAUCAUUUGAAUAGAAACCCAAUUUAAAUGGAUUUGUGCUUUGCCUCAUGAAUCAAUAGCCUGAGGAACAGCUUCUUUUGAAAAAUGUAAUAAAGAUUAUAAUGAACACAG